AUGCUGAUGAGUAACUCCACCUUCACAUACAGCUCGAUCCACCAUUACCUUUCCCACGCGCAGGAUGUCUCCCUCACUCUCCAACCAAUUUCCAUGUCCUUUCGCUCCGCUUCUACACUUCAAGCGCAGGCGCAGUUCCCCUCGUCAACCUCUGGAUAUUUGAAUCCCCACACGAUCGCUAUCACUGUGCUUCGAAUCGUUUUCGGAUUUUUAAUGGCUUCGAUUCGGAGAACGCUGUCGCCCUACAACGACCGAUCGUACCAGAAUCAGUGCAACAGCCCGUUUUCAGUUCAAUCUCCGUCUCAAAAGCUGCUUUUCCACGGCAGAACAACCUUCUCUCCGGUGCGUAGGAUUAUCGCCGGUGUCUUCCUCCAGAAGAACUGUUCUCGGAAAGGUUAUCAGAUCUCGUGGAGGAAGUCACUUAUCCGCUGCUUUCUCUUCUUUUUUCUAGGGUUUCUGUUGGGCAUGGCGCCGUUUAGUAAUGAUCUUAGUGAGUUCAAGCAAAGCGACAAUUUCUCGUACGAGUUAAAGCCUGCGGUGGUGAGGGUUGAGGAAAACGUGGGUGGUGGUUUAGGUUUUGUGGAGGGAACGAAGGGGAAUGAUGUGGUUGUGGAUGCUGUUGGGAGCUCUAUAAGUAAUGAAGUCAAGAGGAAUUUGGAUUUCGUGCCUUCUAAACAACUGAUUCUUGUGACACCAACGUAUAACAGAGCUACGCAGGCUUACUAUUUGAAUAGGUUAGGGCAGGUUUUGAGAUUGGUGAGACCGCCAGUUUUGUGGAUUGUAGUGGAGAUGAAUGCUGCGUCCAUAGAGACUGCAGAGAUCUUGAGGAAUAUGGGAGUUAUGCACAGACAUUUGGUUUGUAAGAAGAAUUCUACAGAUGUGAAGGACCGGGGAGUCCACCAGCGAAAUACUGCAAUCGAGCAUAUUGAGCGGCAUAGGCUUGACGGGAUUGUCUAUUUUGCCGAUGACGAUAAUAUCUACUCGCUCGAGCUACUUGAGAGUAUAAGGGAAAUCAGUCGUUUUGGCACUUGGCCAGUAGGAAUGCUAACACAAAGCAAGAAUAAAGCGAUAUUGGAAGGCCCCGUAUGCAAUGGAAGUCAAGUGAUAGGAUGGCAUACGAAUGAAAAGAGCAAAAGGCUCCGAAGGUUUCAUGUUGACAUGUCAGGCUUUGCUUUCAAUAGCACUAUACUUUGGGAUCCCAAGAGAUGGCACCGUUCAAAGUUGAGUCCAAUUCGGCAGUUAGAUACAGUGAAGGAGGGUUUCCAAGAAACUACUUUCAUCGAACAGAUUGUUGAAGACGAGAGUCAAAUGGAAGGCAUUUCUCUAGGUUGUCAUCAGAUAAUGAACUGGCACCUCCAUAUAGAAGCUAGUAAACUUGUAUACCCGAAAGGCUGGAUGCUUCAGGGGAACCUUGAAGUAACCAUUCCUACCGAGUGAUAUAAUUUGGUCUAGCCAAAAUGUCUUACCUUUCAUGUUCGGUUCACAAGUGCAUUCUCUUACCAAAAGGUGAAAAUGGACUUGGAAAGAAAGUUACUAGAGAAUGUUGCCAACUUUAAGUAGAAACUUUACGGAGCAGCACGCAAGCCUCCUAUGGAGAAUUGCAUGGGGGGAUUAGAUUACUGUUCCUAUUCAUCGUUAUUUAGUCAAUUCUUCGGAAGAUUAGUUUGCACUCUGCAGACAUUUUUUUUUUUUUUUUUU